GACCACAGCCGUAGCCUUUUGUACGAUAGGCGAGGGCGGAGCUGGAGCAGCCAUAAUGACAACUAGGUAUAGAACAUUUGGCAUUAGUAUGCUUCAUUCAGACAGGAAAGCUAUGGAGAGAAAGAAACCCCGCCCGCAGGCGCCCACCCUCCCAGGCUUUCUGUUGUGAUCAAAGUUAGCCUUGACUUUGGAAACUGGGGGCCUCGCAGCGGCGAUGUGAUGGGGAUUGAAGCUGGCCUCCAGACGGCGGCGCCAAAAGAGAGCUGCCGACUUGGUGACCCAACGCCCAGACGCGUCAGACCCGUUGAAUAGCACCGCCUGUCGAAAAACCAUGUAGUCUUUUACCUGGGGGCUUCAAGACAACUUGGCGAUCGACAAAACGAUGCCUAGAUCCUCGGCAGACUGUAGCUUGGCGAGAGGCUCCUUGCUGGGCUUUCUUUCUCUGUUGCGUACUGCGCAGUGCGAUGCAGUACCUGCAGUCAGUACCUGCAGCGUCGGUCGUCGGAGACACAGCGACGGUCGGUGGCAGAGUCGGCAGCAGUGUCGGUGGCAGUGUUGUUAGCAGAAUCGGUGGCAGAAUCGGUGGCAGAAUCGAUGGCAGUGUCGGCGAUGCAGCGAGUGGAAUAAGGAAGAAAGAAGGAUGUAGAAGGCACUCUAUGGUGUACUAC